CAAGCCCUGACACCCAUUCUCUGGUCGACAGGUGAACAUGGCAGAGACGAGGAGCAAGAUCCUAAAGUCACCUUCCGUCGGAGCGUCCUGCUGACCGCCUAGAAAGCGGGCAGGGGUUAUGCCCACCACUGCGCGCCUGCCUCCCCUGCACCGCAACACACAGCCUCUGCCGCCGCCACUGCUGCUGCUGUUCCUCUGCAUCGGCAACGCAGCUGCUUUGAAUGUUACCGCGCCAGCAGUCCACUCCUCCGCCGCCCCUGCUACCUCUGUCGAGUCUUCCACCUCCCUCAGCGCCGCCGCGAGCGCCGCCAGCCCGGCCAGCGCCGCCGGCGCCUCCGCCCCGAGCGCCGCCCCUCCGACCGCCGGCCAACCAUGUCUUCCGACGAACGCGUCCGCCGCCGACGCUGACGGCAACGAGACCCAGCCGUGGCGCGGCCCCGAGUACGACGUCGCCAGCGACCCGUUCGUGAACGGCAGCGUGAGCAAUAAUGGCCUUCUCAACCUCAAGAACGCCACGUUCCCGGCGUUCAUCUUCGAGACCGUCAGCCCCUUCGAUGAUGAGAACGAGACCGUCAUCGGGGAGGUGCUGGAGGUCAGCUCGUGGAGCGCAACGGACGUGUGCCUGACGGUGGUGAAGGCGGUGGUGAUGGUGGGCAUCAUCACGGUGUCAGUGCUGGGCAACGUGCUGGUGAUCGUCAGCGUCGCCCUCCACCGCCGCCUGCACUCCACGGCCAACUACCUCCUCGUGUCCCUGGCCACCGCCGACAUGUUGGUGGCGCUCUGUGCCAUGACCUUCAACGCCUCCGUCGAGCUCUCGGGCGGCCGCUGGAUCUUCGGCAGGGUCAUGUGCGACCUCUGGAACAGCUUCGACGUCUACUUCUCCACGGUGUCGAUCCUGCACCUGUGCUGCAUCAGCGUCGACCGCUACUACGCCAUCGUGAGGCCGCUCGAGUACCCGCUCACGAUCACGCGCCGCAUCCUGGCCAUCAUGCUGGCCCACUGCUGGCUGGCGCCCACGCUCAUCUCCUUCCUGCCGAUCUUCCUCGGCUGGUACACCACGGCGACCCACCUGCAGGAGCGAGACUCUGAGCCUUACGUCUGCGCUUUCGUCGUCAACGCUAUUUUCGCCCUUGUGUCCUCCGCCGUGUCCUUCUGGGUGCCUUGCACGGUCAUGGUGGUGAUGUACUACAGGAUAUUCCAGGAGGCACGCAAGCAGGAGCGAGCGCUCCUCUCUCGUGCUUCCUCCGCCUCCUCGGCCGCCUACUCCACCUCCAUCAGGCUCAGCGCCGCGUCGCAGCAGCAGCAGGACGUCGCCGCUGCCGCCAUGGCGCGGCAGCAGCUCCUGGUAGCGCUGCAGGCGACGCCCUUCACCCCCGCCACGCGCCACCAGGAGUUCCUCAUGAAGACCCUGAGCGACACGUCGUCGACGGCAUCCGUGACUACCACGUCCUCGGGCGUGCCCUCCACGGGGCCCUCUGGAAGCAGCAGCUCGCGCAGCAGCAGCGGCGGCGGCGGCCUCAUGGUGUCGGGCUACGCCGCCGGCGCCAACAACAGCGUCAAGGCGAGCACCAGCAACGGCAGCAACAGCGGCACAGGCUGGCGCCACUCGCGGCAGGGCAGCACGGCGUCGUGGCACGGCCCCUCGCGCCACGGCUCGCUGGUGCCGUGUGGGCGGCGCAUGCACAGCACGCCCGUCGUCACCACCAAGCCGGGGCCGCCGCCCGUGGGCCGCCGCGAGCACAAGGCGGCGCGCACCCUCGGCCUCAUCAUGGGCGCCUUCGUACUAUGCUGGCUGCCCUUCUUCACGUGGUACGUCAGCAUCAACAUCUGCGGCUCCGCCUGCCGCUGCCCGCACGCCGUCGUCACCGCCCUCUUCUGGAUCGGCUACUUCAACUCCACCCUCAACCCCUUCAUCUACGCCUACUUCCGCACCGAUUUCCGCGAGGCGUUCCACCGCACCCUCAAGCGCCUCACCUGCUGCCGCCCGCGCCAGCCCUCGGGCGUCUUCGUGUAAGGCCGCCCCGGACACUAGCAGGGCCACCCUCAUCCUGGCACCCGAGCCCCGCCCCUGCGCCCUUCCGGUGGAAACGAGGCCUGGGCAGCCACCUGCCUGGCAGCCCCUGACCUGGGCACUACUCCCCCAGCUGGCCCUCGCGCAGGCGGAAGCGGCCUGUGCGCCCUCUCCGUCAGGAGGGAUGGUUCGCCGAUGUUUGAACGCCGUGGAGAGAUUCUUUUCCUGAUGGAGAAUGACGAAGAAGGACGCAAAGACAAGAAAAGAAAAAAAAAGUAAUGUUCGUCAGAGGUUUAGUGUAAGAGUUCUUUUCUGAUUUCAUCAGCGCUGCAGACAUCACACGUCGGGGUGUUUGGUGCUGCGGCCGGGCCCACGGGGCGCAUGAGGAUCGAUUUCUCUUUUUUCGAUAGAUGUGUCUCCUUUGUCGUGAUCAGGAAAUAUAAAUGGACUGUCGCAUUUUUAAGUGACAAGAUUCGUCGAAAAUGUUUGAGAAGAUAUGUAUGUGUGUAUAUGUGUGUGUGUGUGUGUGUGUGUGUGUGUGUGUGUGUGUG